UGACAGCCGGCGGGGCGGCGGCAUAAUGUCACUAUAGCGCUCGCUUCGCGCGCCGCCUCUGCGCGAUUUUAUCGUUUUGUAAAUAUGUACAAAAUUUUUGUACACACAUGUUUAUUGUUCUUUAUCUUAUAAAUUUUCACUUAUGAGUGAUACCAAGAACUUAAAAGAGACUUAUUUAUGUAAUUGAUAUGGACAACGAACUGCAAUACUUACUUUGAUAGGUAUCUACAUUUUUAAUGAGAACAUUUAGAUUAAAGUUAUUGUGGUAAAAAUAAUAGCCAAAUUGUUCAUAUUGAAUCGUUAUCGCGCUUUGCAAAUAGACUUAGUUGACUAGACCUUAGUGAUAGUUCAUUGUACUUUAUUAGGAUAAAAUAUUACUCGUGUUACAACCACCAAAGAAUUAAGAAGAGUGUAGUGGUAAAUCUUAUUCCUCGUCUGAUUUGAUGAUUCACUAACCAACUAUGGCGGAUCGGGAUCGUCCUGCUAAAACCCCCAUCAGGGUGGGUUUCUACGACAUUGAAAGGACCAUUGGCAAAGGGAACUUUGCCGUUGUCAAAUUAGCACGACAUCGAAUAACGAAGACUGAGGUAGCGAUUAAGAUAAUAGAUAAAUCACAAUUAGAUGCCAGCAACCUUCAAAAAGUCUACCGCGAAGUGGAUAUUAUGAAGAGGCUGGAUCACCCACAUAUAAUUAAGCUUUAUCAGGUUAUGGAGACUAAGAAUAUGAUCUACAUAGUGUCGGAGUAUGCAAGUAAAGGGGAAAUAUUUGAUUACAUAGCGAGGUACGGGAGGAUGGCAGAGCAAGCCGCACGGAGGAAAUUCUGGCAAAUUCUCUCGGCCGUCGAGUACUGCCACGAAAGGCGGAUUGUACACAGAGAUCUUAAGGCGGAGAACCUCCUACUGGACGCGAAUAUGAACAUAAAGAUAGCGGACUUCGGGUUCAGUAAUUACUACGCCACAGGCGAACUGCUGGCGACGUGGUGCGGGUCGCCACCGUACGCGGCGCCAGAAGUGUUCGAGGGGAAGAGGUAUACGGGACCGGAGAUUGAUAUAUGGAGCCUCGGGGUGGUGCUAUACGUCCUCGUGUGUGGGGCACUGCCUUUCGACGGCUCGACUCUACAGUCUCUGCGAGAUAGAGUCCUAUCGGGCAGGUUUCGGAUACCGUAUUUCAUGAGCGAAGACUGCGAAUCGUUAAUUCGAAAGAUGCUAGUAUUAGAGCCAAUGAAGCGGUACACGAUAGAACAGAUAAAGAAACACAGAUGGAUGGCAGCAGAGCCCUACACCGCGCCGACGAUAGCUGCAGAUCCCAUGAGGAGCCCGGCCCACGUCACACAUCACACUCAAGAGCCUAACGAACAAGUAUUAAGACUGAUGCAGAGUUUAGGAAUAGAUCCAAUCAAGACUAAGGAGAGUCUCCGCUCGAACAGUUACGACCACCACGCGGCGAUUUACCUGCUGCUGCUGGAGCGGCUGCGAGCGCGCGCUAGUGACCGCCGUCCAGCACGGCGCUCCGACCUCGCGCUCGAUCGCCGAGAGAACCCGAAUAGAGUGCUGCACACACCUGAGCAACCUAGAGAUUAUAACAGGACAACUCCAGGUCUAACAACCGCACCCGUUGACCCUUCGACUGCAGAAACCCAAAGACUACUAUCACUAGCUGGAGUCAAUAUGACGGAGCAAAGAUUACUUCAGCGUAACUCAGAUACACCUGAUAAUAAUCAUAGGAGUUUUCUUGUAGCCAAUCUCGAUGCCCGAGCCCAUGAAACAGACUCCACGAGACUGCUGUCCAUGCGCAAUAUUGAUGUCGCCCAGUCGAAUCAGAGGAUAGGCAAUAAGUUAAAUGAAGGCAAUAUGCCAACUCACAGGCUACUCGCUUCGACGUAUGAACAGCAGCAGAAUAUUUUAAAACAAUCAAGUGAAGACUGUAGACGUCUCCUACAACAGUCCACGACUGUUGGUCCGGAAACUAAUAAAAAUGAUGGCAGACUGCUAACUUCGUCUAGCUUUGAUUCGAAAUGUGCUAUCGACGGCGGUAGAAAUAAUGCUGUGGCGGACCACAAUCUAAUAGCAAAUUUUCUUCAAAAUUCCGCAUCUGCAACCAACUUCUCAGUGGACUCAAUGAAGUUACCGAAUUCCACAACAUUCACAAUGUGUUCAGAGGCAGCUAAGCUCAUGAAUACUCUCCAACAAAGUCCGCUCCCUUUAAAAGGUACCGUAAACUUGAGUACUAGUCCAAUUCCCACACAGUUUACGGAUACCAAAUUAAGUAGUGUAUUAGAACAACCAAAGCCUUUGGAAUCGUCAAGACUUGUAUCCCAAGUGCAGCAACAGGAUAUGAAUAGGUUGCAAACGAGUACUCCACCUUUCAAAGAAUACCCUCACUUAUCAGGUUAUUCUUACCUGCAAAACGUGGCACCUACUGAGAAUAAUUUCAACGCAGCCAAUACAGAUCUUUUUCCGAACACUUUGUACAGACCCGAAAGUAAAUUUUCAUUAAAUCGAUAUACAACAGGAGCAACUCAUAAUCAGACGCAUAAUCCUAAUAACACGACAGAAGCAACAAAAUUUCAACAACAGUAUUCGUCCUCAACAGAUGAAGGUUGUGAGACCGAUAUGGAAGACGUUCCCAGUACCACAAUCGGACCUCAGAAUAGGCUGAGCUCCUACGCCAGCUCAAGUUCGAGUAGUGGGGUCGUUACUUUUUUUAACAAUAAGAGUCUAAGUCAAAACCUAAGCUGUGAUUCGUCCCAAAGUAAUUUUUCGGCGUUCGAGAGUAUAGAUUACCAAUUAUCAGAUUGUUCUAGUGAAUUAGCAAGUAGUUUACCGAGCUGCACGUCUAAUGAUGAUAAGUUAUCGUAUGAAAAUAGCACUUUGGUGAACACAAGUCCAAUGCAUCCAUGUGUCUACAUCUCUUCUUAUAACAAUAAAAGUCCCGGUGGGGGGUUUAUAGCGAGGCAUAACCCGAUCAACUAUCAAUCUGUUAAUAAAAAUUGCCAACGGGCAGCCACCCGGAGUCCAGUUGACUUUCGAGAAGGUCGACGAGCUAGCGAUGGUCUUGUCGCACAACAAGUCGCCCAAUCCUCCGAAACGCAGAAGAAUAGUUUAGCGUUCAAUAGUCAGAGGCUCAACGAGAACUGCAAAGCAAAAGGAGUGCUAGAGCUACAUUUGGUACAAAAAGAGGCACAAAAACUCAAAACUCAGUAUCAAUCCUCACUGCCAGUCGAAGAGAUGACUCAACGGCAAAUUCAACAUAACCAAUUUGCUGCUACCUUCACUCCGCAUUAUUUAGAUACAAAAAAUCCUAUAACGAAGCGCAUUAGUCUUCCGGAGACAUAUAAUUAUUCAAGUACGUCCCCUCCGUUGCCCGCCAGUCCAAAGAUGAUGGCACCGUUACAAGAUACCCCAGAUUUAGUCACAGGGGCAUCAUUGUCACAAAUAAGUAAACCUCCUCUUCAGCAGCAGCUGAUGCAACACCGAUUGUUCCAACAAAAGCGUCAAAUACUACAGAAGCAAAUGACUCCUCCGAACAUGCAGCCUCACGAAAUGAGCACGUUGCACAGCCUACAAGUAGGCCUAAGUAGGCGACAGAUGUUACGACAGCAGAGUUACAAAAUUGCCCAGCAGCAGCAGAUAUUGCCCCCACUGCCACUAACAGAAACUGAGAAUAGGGAUUUAUUAGCUUUCCAAGCGAUAGUCGAGGACCCCAAUCGGUUGAAGAAAUCUGAAGAAAACCUUGACGAACCGAAAUUCACUUAUCAAGGUUCUAUGGAUAUAAGCAUCGUCAACAAAGACAGACUGGGCAACGAGAAUUGGUCGAAUCUACCCUCUAGUUUGCAGAGUGCUUGUCAGAUAUCAGACUUAGCGGCGAGAAGAGAUGGGAAAGAGAGCAGGGAAAAUGGGGAAUCUUCCCAUUCCUCUUUGGAUGCUCCCUUGUGGCCUGGACAGUGGAACCCUGGUCUAUUCCAGCCACAGACGUGCUUCCAGGUAUUCCAACAAAUCAACUAGUAGAACACAUUCGAGUAGUCCUGUAAUUAGUAGCGAAAUGCACGCAAAUUGAAGCAGAUUUUAGAAGUGUUCGUCACAACUAGCUAGUAUGUACGAUGGUCUCAUAGUAGAAUGUAUUCGUAAAUAUUUGUAUUAUAAUGACGAUUUGUAAAACACAAAGGCAUGAACUAUUUAGAAUGCAUGACAAUAACUAGUGCUUUAAUUACACCACAAUAUAUUCUAUCGACUACCAAACGGACACCAAACUCAGUACUGAGUUAAGUUAAGAAUACUAUAUACUGAAAGAUUUUCAUAUGCAAUAUUAUGGGUAAUA